AAACAAGCAGCAAAUAACAGACAGGGUGGAGCCCGAGGAGGUCCGAAAGAGUAUACAACAUGGCGGCCAACACACCACACGUGCAAGUUCGGUUUAUCACCAAAUCAGGGUAUACUGUACCGUACACUCCCUUCUCUGUGCCAGUUGAUGUUGGAACAAAGGAGCUCAGUGCGCUCAUUAACAGUAUCCUACAAGGUGUUGCAGAUGGAAGUGGAGAAACAUCUAAUGUGGAUUUUGAUUUUCUUAUUGAUGGAGAAUUUCUACGAAUUACACUCAGCAAGCAUCUCGAAUCCAAAGGCCAGUCUAUGGAAGAGAUCACAGAAAUUGAGUAUGAUGUACGUCACCCAGCACCAAAACCUGAGGAUACUCUGUUACACAAUGACUGGGUCAGCUGUAUCCGUGGUGGUAAAAGUUGGAUACUCUCCGGUUGCUAUGACAACACCAUCCAUAUUUGGAAUGUGACAGGAAAGGAUCUGAUGACAAUCCCUGGUCACACUUCACCAGUCAAGGCAAUAGAGUGGAUCAACAUAGAUGAUGGACCAAUCAGCAGCUUUAUAUCAGGAUCACAUGACCAGACAAUACUGUUGUGGUCCUGGAACAGAGAGAAAAAUGAAGUGGACUGCAUCAACUCUUGUCGAGGACAUGCUGGAAGUGUUGACUGUUUAGCGGUCAACUCGUCUAAAACCAUGUUUUGUAGCGGAUCCUGGGAUCGGAUGUUGAAGUUGUGGUCUGCAGAGCUUACAAGUACUGGAGAUGUGGAUGAUGAUGAAGAUGAGAAUGAAGAAAGGCCUAAAAAGAAAAAGAAAACGGGCAGCAAAUCUCGCCAGACAAGGGUUCCGAUGCUGACAUUGGAAGGCCAUACAGAGGGUAUAUCUGGAAUGGAGUGGCUCGAUGACUCCACUCUGUGUACAGUGUCUUGGGACCACACAAUCAGACUGUGGGACAUGAACGAUGCCAAAGAGAAGUCGUUAUUGCAAAGUUCCAAGGUGUUCCUAGAUAUGUCUUACUCGGAACUGAACCGCCAGGUUGUGACUGCCUCUGCAGACAGGCAUAUAAGAUUGUGGGACCCCAGGGCUUCAGAGGGGUCGAUAGUGAAAUGUACAUAUACCUCGCACAAUGGAUGGGUUUCUAGUGUUUCCUGGUCAAAGGAGAACGGAAAUCAUUUCAUUUCCGGAUCUUACGACAACAUCAUGAAGAUGUGGGAUACCAGAAGCCCAAAAGUCCCGCUGUACAACAUGACUGGACAUGAGGAGAAAAUUCUUUCUGUUGAUUGGUCAAUACCUAGUCUGAUGUUAUCAGGAGGGGCUGAUAAUCAUCUCAAGGUUUAUCAAUACAACGCCACCAGCUGAAAUUUUACAGGAUCAACAAUUGAAUUAUCAUCAUCUGAGGGAAUCAAUGAGGGAUAGUGCAGUUUACCAGUAUAUUUCACACGAGGUGCUUAAUGAAAAAGGGCACAGCCAAUGGACAAUUACAUUCAACAGCUAAAGGAAAAAGGCUAAUAACAAAGUUUCUCAGAAACAUGGAUAGAAAUCGGAGUUUAUACCAACUUAUCAGAAUGUUAUAGCCAUCUUAAUGAUUAUCAUAACACUGUAACAGGCUGUUUACCUAAAUAGAUAUGUAGACCAGGGGCCUGUUCGUUAAUGCAUACAAACCAGUUUGUCAAUUUUCAAUUCCAAUUUAAAACAUUUCAGGCACAAAUCUUGACAGACAUGUACAUAUUACUACAGUCCUUGGAAAGUCUUCGACAAGACUCAUCCAAAAGCAACAUAAAUCAUGAGGUCCAUCAUUACUGGUAUUUCAUAAACUCUAGUCCACUUGUACCGUGAUAAACAGCCGUGAUAUAGCUUAUGUACUGGUAAUAGUGCAAAAUCUUGAAAAAAUAAUGAUAUUUUCAGAGGGCCUUUUUGCAGUCAUUUUCAGACAAAAAAACAUUUGGACAAACCUGUAUACUAAGAAAACUGAUCAUAUUGGGGAUGUUGUCUUAACAUGACUGUAUAGUCAUCUCUAUGAUACGGUAAACAAGCAUAUCGAAAUGAUAGCAGAUGUCUAAAGUUAUACCGGGCAGUAAAUCCAAAUUGUAUGAAUCUCUCGACACUGCAGAAUUAGGUGUGUUUUAGUUGCUGAUGAAAACUUUCUUCUCGCAUAGGCAGAUUCACCAAGACAGCAGGUGUAUGGCAUUCUCUCAAUAAGAGCAAUUCUGAUACACGUAUAAACAAUAUUUGUUAAAGACUACUUGUUACUAUCAUUGAGCUCUUCACAUUUGGUAAUGUGGGCAUAGCGUAUUAUAGAAGUGAUAUACAAUUUUGUACAUCAGUAUUCAUGGAAGAAAAUCAGAUUUUGUGUUCAGAAAGUGUAUACAAUGUAUUUGUUUUAGUUCUGGAGUAUGUAGGGAAGGACUAGUUUUGUCCGCACAAUGUGCGAAAGGGUGAACAUUGGUGUAAGGAGAGUGGGUCAGUGUCUGUAUGAAAUUGCUAAUAAAACUUAUAAAUCAAG